UCGGCCAUCUGCCAAUGCAGCGUCUAAAGCCACGUCAUAUUUAGAUGCGUUAAGAGAUUGGUGCACUGUGUGGUUUUAUCCUUUGUGUGAAGGAAUUAGUGAUUAGUAAACGAAGAUAUGAACAUUUUUCGCCUCUUAGGUGACUUAUCGCACCUUUUAGCCAUUAUUAUAUUGCUAUUAAAAAUAUGGAAAACACGAAGUUGUGCCGGUAUCAGCGGAAAAUCGCAAAUAUUAUUUGCACUAGUUUACACGACACGAUAUCUAGAUCUGGUAAACACAUACAUUUCAGCCUACAACACUUUUAUGAAGAUUAUAUUUCUCUCAGCAUCAUAUACAACGAUUUAUCUAAUGUAUAUGAAAUUUAAGGCUACAUAUGAUCAUAAUCAUGAUACUUUCAGAAUUGAAUUUUUAGUUCUACCUACCUUUGUACUAGCUUUAUUGAUCAAUCAUGAACCAUCGGUUGUAGAAGUUUUAUGGACCUUUAGCAUUUAUUUGGAGUCUUUCGCAAUAUUACCACAAUUAUUUCUUGUCUCCAAAACAGGCGAAGCAGAGAGCAUUACCAGUCAUUAUCUCUUUGCUUUAGGUACCUAUAGAGGCUUAUAUUUAUUAAAUUGGGUUUACCGUUAUUAUGCAGAAGAUCAUUAUGAUUUGAUCGCAAUUGUCGCUGGCUUGGUUCAAACAGUUCUUUAUUGUGAUUUUUUCUACCUCUAUAUUACCAAAGUACUGAAAGGCAAAAAGCUACAGCUACCUGCUUAACCGGAUCCUAACAUACUUCUUUGAAAGUACAUCAAACUGCCUGUCAGUCACAACAUAAUCAUCAUUUGAAUUUUAUUAAGAGUUGAUUAUAUUUGACAGAAGUAUGCACACGCACACGAGUAUGCCUCCAAAUUUCCUGAAAUUCCGAGUUAUUCAUUAUUCAUUAUCACGCAUGAUUUAUAAUCAUUUUUUGUAGUAUUCAUGUUUUCUACAUUGUUACUAAAUUUUAUAAGACAUGAAAUCCUGCAUAAAAAUGUAUUCUCGCGCAUCAAAACUGCAUUUGGCACCUUUGUAUUAUAAAGAAGAGAUACUUAUGUGACAAUGUAUAGGUCCAUAUAAGAUAUAAAAGAAGUGAAGUUGGAUAUUGGAUAGACCAGUCAGGAAAAUAGAAGUGUAACUAUUGUCUGUAACAUUUAAAUUGUUAUAACUUUUAUUAAUUAAAUAUGACUAUCAUAAUAUAGAAUAGUUUAGUUUAUUAAUUUAAAUAAACUAUAGGUGAUAUACAGGUAUUUUGUAAUUUCCACCAGAGAAGUAUUUCUUGAAAAGUGAAGUGCAAAAUGGUUAUACUUUGCAUUGUAAAAUUAUUAAAUUGGUAAAACGUAUUAUUUAAAUAAGCAGAAACUAAAAUAGAAUAAAGUUCAAAAUAAUUCUA